UCCGAGGGGCUGACAUAUAUAAAUGAGCCGGUUGCUGCAGUGCUCCGUCUAGGAUCUUCAGCCAGGACACUGGCGCAGACACGCACAGUGCUGAUCUCCCUCCAGCACCUCACCGAAUCCCCCAAACCAGGGCCAGACUAAAGCUUUGCCGAUCUCCUUCCCCGCACCCCGCCAGCACCAUGAGCCCGAGACUUCUCGCCGUCCUGCUGCUGGCUGUGCCAGCUAUCUCCCUUCCUGUGACAAAUGAAAUGAAUAAAGGGGACACUAAGGUGAUGAAGUGCAUCGUGGAGGUCAUCUCGGAUACUUUAUCAAAGCCAGACCCACUGCCGAUCAGUGAGGAAUGCCUAGAGACACUCAGAGGAGAUGAACGAAUCAUUUCUAUCCUUCGCCACCAAAAUUUACUGAAGGAACUUCAGGAAAUUGCUGCUCAAGGUGCCAGUGAGAGAACUCAGCAGCAAAAGAAAAACAGCGGCUUUGAAGAUGAACUUUCUGAAGUCCUUGAAAGUCAGAAUGAUGAGAACAAGCAAAGAGAUGUGGCACAACAGCGCUCUGAGGAGGAGCAGCCCACAGCAUCCCUGGCUGAGCUGGCAGCACAGAAAAGCCAGCAAAAGGAAAAUGUGAGAGAAGAAGGAAAAAAUAGCCUGGAGGUGAGGGAGUCCAGGCUGCAGGAUGGUGAGAAGGAUGACCAGGAUGAAGCAGAGAGUAACGAGAUCAAAGAUGCAGAGGAUGCCCAGGGAGAAGAAGCUUUGGACAAAGAUCUGGGUGAGGAUGAGCAACAGCAGCGAGGGGAAGGAGAGGAGCAGCGCAGAGGCCCCAGGAACAGCCUGGAGCUCGAGGAGAGAGAGCAGUCAUCCAGGCAGGGGCAGAGCAAGGAGGAGACAGCAGAGGAGCAUGUGGAGCAGGAGGACGAUGGAGAAGAUGCUCCUGGAGAAGAGGACCCUACUGAAGCAGAGAGGUUACUUGAUUUGGCUGAGGAGGACGGGGAGGCUGAGGAGAUGCAGGAAGAUGAUGGUAAUGACGAUGCUUUGGGAUUUGGCAAAGAUGAGCAGAGCUCUGAGGAGGAGGAAGAGCAGCCGCGUGUACUGAGACGAGGAAGGCAUCGCCUGGAAGAUGAGGGAAUGCAGGCAGAGGAUGACAUCUUCCAGUCCAGGGAUGCCAAAAGUGAGGAAAUGGAGGACGAGUCCUCCAGGGAGUGGGAAGACUCCAAGAGGUGGAACAAAAUGGAUGAGCUGGCCAAGCAGCUGACAUCAAAGAAGCGCAUGGAAGAAAAUGAUAGCGGAGAAGACCCAGACAGAUCCAUGAAAAUGACAUUCAGGUCCCACAAGUAUGACUUCAGUAGCCCAGAGGAAGAUGUGAGAAGGUUAUGGAAGCAUCACUCAAAGGAGGAGAGCAGUGAAGGAUUUCCGCUUGCUCCCAUGCCUGAAGAAAAGAAGGAUGAGGAAGGCAGUGCUAACAGGAGAACAGAGGACCAGGAGCUGGAGAGCCUGGCCGCCAUCGAGGCAGAGCUGGAGCGUGUGGCCCACAAGCUGCAUGAGCUGAGACGGGGCUGAAGGCUGCCACAGCUGCUCUCCACCAUGGUCUCCUUUCCUGGUCUCACGCCAAGUACGAUGAGCAGAAGCACCGCGCCUUGGACGCUGGCCCCAUGGGCGCCAGGCCCGCCUCCCUCGCAGUAGUGUUGUGCCCAUCACCGCUUCUUGCCCCCACGCAACUCUGUCCCCUACGGGUGUCCACCUGCCCCAUUGGGCCACCGUAGCCAAGAAGUGUGACCUACACCUGUACUUUCUCUCUUUUCUUUAUUUUUAUUUCCACCCCCCAGCUUCCCCAGCACCCCUUUCUGUUUUUUAAGACAGGAGAGCUCUCUAGGAGGUUCUCUUCCCACCGGUAGAUUCACUGGGUAAAACUGCAAUAACUUGUUACCUUUUGAUUAAAAGCUGAGAGCUCUGACUGUAAUAUAUUCUAUAUAAAAAAAUUAUCUAAGGAAAAAUAAAACCA